AUGACAGACGAGCCAUCCCGUUCCCCGCGUGCCCUCUCCGACCGACAGCAAGCACCGCCAUCGCCCGAUUUUAGCCUGCUCCGCCAGUUCCGCAGCAACAACGCAAGCAAUGGCGAUUCGUUUUUACCUCCUUUAAAUAUCUGCGAUUUGGAAUUGAUGCUACAAUGGGUAAAUGAGACUCAUGGCAUCUUUACGCGGAGCCAGCAGACCGAGGCCAUCUGGCGUACCCACGUCCCCCAAGAAGCUCUUUUUCACCAAUUUCUCAUGCACGGCAUCCUAGCUCUAUCGGCCCUCCAUAUCGCAUGCACACGAGUACCGAGAACCCUAGGUGACGCCGCCAAGGACUACCUCCAGGUCGCUAUUUCGCACCAAGACCAGGCACUGACGCUCUUCCGCGAGCAGCUCGGCAAUAUAAAUUCCAGCAACGGCAAGGCUAUGUUUGCUUUUGCCAGCAUUACUGUCAUUUAUGCCUUCGGCUUCCCGCGGACUCCGGAGCCGGGUAAUACUGCGGUUGGCGACUUGGUGCAAGCAUUUGUGCUGACUCGCGGGGUGCAGCACAUCCUGAGUCAAGCUAUGGACACUAUUUUUGAAGACCGCCUUUGGACAUCGAUACGUGACGUGAAUGACUACGAACCUGUCCUUCCAGCAGAGAGUCGAGUAGCUAUCGAGCAACUGCACAAGGCCAACGAAGCGUGCACCCGACAAGACCCGAUCCUCCAUGAUUCGGCCCUAUAUCAAGAGGCAAUUGACCACUUGGCGGAUCUCAUGGCGGGCGUCCACGCAGGGCUUGGCUUUGCACUGGCGGGCCGGUGGGCGAUCAAACUACAACCAGCAUUCCUAGAUCGGUUGCGGGACCGUCGACCACUGGCGCUGGUGAUUCUUGCUCAUUUCUGUGCCAUAUUCCCUCAGCUCCGCGACGUAUGGUUUGGCGCUGAAUGGAGCACACGCGUUCUAAGAGAAAUUUGGUACGCUCUUGACAACUAUUGGAGACCAUUUAUCCAUGCCUGCAUGGAAGAAAUAUUUGGAGAGCAGUAUGCUGUGAUGGACAGAUGA